AUGUUGGCCCAGGCCCCUAUCCCGCUAUCCUGCAACGCAGGACAGCCCUUGUACAUAUUUCCUGGCCACCGCAUAUGGACUCGGUACAGUCUUUGCGGCUUGAGAGCGGCCCUGCAACGCAAGCCACGUGCUCGGAUUCCUCGGUGGGAGCUUGGGCAAUCCACCGUGCCGCUGCCUCAUGGCAUUCGAUUGACCAACGACUGGUGCACACAACAGGUGGAUCACAUUUUUGACCUGUGGGAUCGAUGUGAGGGCAGGCCCCUGACCUUGCAGGUGGCUUCGGUGUCACUGACCAUCGCCCUUUAUGCAAUGAUUGUCCGCCGUGCUCUGCAAAGCAAUCCAGGUGGCAGAUGCGUCAUUUUCGUUCCAAAGGUUUCUGUCGCCAGACGAGUGCGCCGUGAGUUGAAGAGUCACAAGCUGCGGGUUUGUAUGAUCGGUGCUGGCUCGCCCGAGAUCGAUCUCUGGGACGAGACUGUCGUAUGUGUGUCUGCAAGUGCGCAUCGCCUGAGUGGACACAAUUUUCUGAUCAAGCUGGUGGAUUCUUCUCAGUUGUGCUCCCACGGUCUUACUGCACAAGUCAUGCGACAUCAAGUCACUGCGAGCAUGAGUGCUGAAUUUUCCCUACAUUUGAAAGACGCUGGUGCCGAUUCUGCCUAUACGCUGGCGGAAGCAGUUCAAGAUGGACGCGCUCGCAAUUUUCAGCCGUACCUCUUGCUAAGAGAGGCCCAAGACUCCUGGAAGUCAAAGCUGGCGAAAACCCUCCGAGCCACCCAGGUCGACGCCGCCUGGGGGCCGGCAUUGGUGGUGCUCCCUUCACCAGAGGAUGCCUCUGCACUCUCGGAGUAUCUCAAGCAAUUGGGAGUGCCAGCAGCGAUUGUCAGAGGCAGACUGCAUCGGGGAGGCCAAAGGGCCAUCCUGCGGCUUGUCGAGCAGGGACAGAUCAAGGUCCUUUGCGUCUCGCAAAUGAUCUUCCACAAGUCGGACCUGCCGGCGUUCAACACCCUGGUUCUCGACACCCAUGUCUCUGCAAGACCAGAUGCCAUCCUCCGGGCACUUCAGCCAAACCCCGGCGUGGCUGAAAUGAAGCUUGUGCAAGUGGUGAGCACCUCUGGGCCUGUACCAUCGCGGAAGUUGCAGCGACUGACUAACUUCUUGAUGGCUCUUUGGGGGCAGACGUCGAACCUAAGCCCAUGGCAGGUCCUGCAUGCGGACGGCAGCACUGCUUCAUGGACCCCCGAACCCCGCGGGUGGUUGACAAAUUUGUGUGCUUGGUUGCAGUCAGCCGGGCGCAGGCCGAGAUAUGAUGUACAGAACGAGCGGUUGUAUGCUCACAGAUUCAAGCAGGCCAGGAAGCUCUGGCUCAGCAACACCCUGAAUGCGGCGGAGACGGAUCUGAUAAGGAGUGCAUACCCCGGGCUUGCACGGGACAAGCUGCCCAAUCGUGUUUCAUGGCUGGUGCUACAGAAUCUUUGUGCAUGGAUGUCAACUCAUCAGCGACGCCCCCAACAGCUCAGUGAGGAUGUGGUCGAACGGAGGCAGAGCGUCAGGCUGUGGAAAACUUUCAAACGUCUCCGUGAGGGCAAAUUGACUCAUGCCGAGUCCGAACUGUUCCAGGAUGCUUUGCAGCAGACGGUGCGGCCUUGGUUGCCGAUCAUGAUCGCAUGGGUCCGUUUCUACGAACGCCUUCCGCGGUUUUUUGCCAAAGAUCAUGGUGAGCGGCUGCAGAACCGGAGGUGGAAGGAGGCGAACCGACUGCUCUCGCUGAAUGCGCUAACCCAGGCAGAGAGGAAGCUCAUGCUGGGUUGCCUGAGCUGGAAGCAAGAGCUUUCCGAAAGGCCACGGGCCUGCUUAGUUGGCCUCCGGGCCUGGAUUUUCACGCAUUCUCGCCGACCGCGGGACAGUGUACGGCGCGAUGCUGAGGAAAGGCGUCAGGCGCUGCGAUGGAAGACGGCUUUCAAACAGAUGUCCAACAUGGACCUGUCGGAAAGUGAAAUAUCCUUGCUGGAAUAUUGUCUGGAGGUUCUUGACACGAGUGAGCAUGGCAUGCCGCAGCGCGCGGCUUUGGUGUGA